AGUUCCUGCAGCUUCGCAAUGAUGAGUUUGAAUCUCUGCACUUCGCUUCUUCUCUUGUGCCUGGCCGGAGGAAGCCUGCAGGGUGCAGUAAAGCCACAAGGAAAUGGCCGGGGAGCCCCUUACUUCCCAUCACUGAUAAGGGGCGUAGGAGGAGUGCAGCCAGGAGCCGGACUGGGACCAUCUGGAGCCAAAGCAGGGAAAUAUCCUGGUUAUGGAGCCCAAGGAAUGCCGACAGGACUGGGAGCCCAAAAUGGAUUUGGGGCUGGACCAAGCUUUGGGGGCAGACCAGGCUAUGGUGUCCCAGCAGGUUACGGAGGAGGUUACGGAGGAGUUGGCUACCCCCGUGGCGGCCUCCCCUUAGGAGGUCUUGGAGCCCGAGGCAAGCCUUCCAAAACAGGCUAUGGGGCAGGGCCUGGUGCCUACCCAGGAGCCAGCGCACAGCAGGCCUAUCCAGGUGGAGUUGGAGCCGGAGGCUAUCCAAGCAAUGGACUCCAGAAUGGCUAUGGCAACGGUUAUGGAGCUGGAGGCAACGGAUUCCCUAGUGCUGGGCUUCAGCCAGGCGGAUAUGGAAAUGGUGCCCAGGCUCCGUAUGGCAGUCAGUUAGGAGGCCCCUCUGGGGAUCCCACCGCUGCCAAAUAUGGAGGUGCAGGACAGCUCACCUACAAUGGACAACCACAGCAGCCAGAGACUACGGGCCUGGGAGGAGACUAUGGAAAUGGGAGAUACGGAGCUCCUCAGAGCCCCUAUGGAGCCCAAGUUGGAGGGCCUGGUGGAAUCAGUGUAGACCCAGCGGCAGUCAAAUACGGCAAUGGAAAUGGUUUGGGAUAUAUGAAUGGUGGAGAUCCCCAAGCUAACGGUUUGGGAGCAGGUGGUGCAUAUGGACCGCUUGCAGCAGGGCAAGCACCGGGAGGGUAUGGCACAUCACUGGGACCCGGUCAAGCACUGGGUGGAUACGGAGGGAAGGAAUCAAAGUAUGGAAUGAAUGGAUUUCUGGGAAAUGGAUAUAGAGGACGCUGCCCUUCUGGAAAAUGCUAAAGGAAGGUGUCACUCACUCUGUGGGACUCCCUGCAACAUGAUUCAGGCAUCCCAUCAGCUUUUGGUGCUAAUUGCGAUGACGACAAUACAACCAUGUCUCCCCGUAUAAAUUAUCAUCUCUUUCUUGUUUCUUACUGUGUUUUUAUUUGUAAAAAUCUUUAAUUUUGAAAGGAGAAGGUGGGGGGGUCAUGCUUUGGUCUGCACCCUUUUUGCUAAUAUGUCAGAAACAGACAUAGAAGCAUCUAUAGGUCACACCUUUGUAUGAAAAGGAAUUCCAACUCCACUUCUUUGGAGGUAACCAAGAGACGGUCAAAUCAUUGUUAUCUGGAUGCCGAGCAGGAGUGCCUUUUCAAUUAAAAGUUAAAAUCCAUGAA